CCCUUCAACCUCCACAAACGAACAGCUCAGCAGCUCCAGGCGAAGCUAAUUCCACGUCGACGUUAUCGCACUGGACACUAUCACCAACCUCCUCUCUUGCACUUACGAUACGACCUCUGCGCACACGGAUCGGGAGUAGACGGAUCUUGGCCAGCUUCUACUUGCAUACCCUUGUUUCAUCCUGAGCGUGCAUCUCUGCCGCGUCCUCGUGCCCCAUCGCCAUCCCUCCCUGUCAUCAUCACCGUUCGCCCUUAUCCUGCUGCGACUUUUGCUACCAUGCUCGUCUCCCUCACCGUCGGCAAGGUCGACGCCGGCGUUACCGUCCUUCUGACGCCGGAUAAGCGUCUGAUCGAGUUCCCUUCCAUCCUCCUCCCCCCAAACAUCUCGUCCGGAAGCAUCGUCGACAUCAACGUCUCGCAGAACGCGACCAAGGAAGCCGCCGCCGACCGCGCAUUCCGCGCCCUCCAAGAUCAGAUCUACAACUCGUUUGGCGCCUCGGAGCCCGUCACCCCCGUCCUCCGCUGCCGCAAUGCCACCCAGACUUCGGUCGUCCUCGAAUGGGACCCCAUUCAGCUCGCCACCGCCGACCUCAUGUCCCUGAGCCUCUACCGAAAUGGCCAAAAGGCUGGCAAUAUCCCCCGUCCGCUUCAGAUGCACAGCACCAAGAUCAGCGGCCUUGCUGUCGAUACCGAGUACACCUUCCACCUGGUCCUGCGCACCAGCGCCGGCACCUUUAUCAGCGAGCGCGUGCCCGUGAGGACACACAAGAUGACGGAUCUGAGCGGUAUCACAAUCACGACGGGCAUUCUGCCAGGCACUACCAAGGAGAACUUGAUCAAGGCGGUUGAGCGCAUUGGCGCCAAGAUUGUUGAGGGUGUUCGCAUUGACACGACACACUUUGUCACCACUGAAGGCCGGGGGCAGCAAUGGGAGAAGGCUGUCGAGAGCAACAUUCCCGUCGUACGUCCCGAAUGGGUUGAUGCUUGUGAGAAGACCGGUCGUAUCCUCGGUGUCACAAAGUUCUACCUCGAUGCCAUGAAGCCUGGACCCCCGAGCGAAGAGCCUACGCCUCACCCUCCGCCACCCCCUGAGAAGAAUGAGAAGAAGGAGGAAAAGGAUCUCCCCGCACCACCUGCGCAGAAUGGUGAGCAGUCAGCAAAGCCAGAGGAGAAGAAGGAGGAGCAGACGCAAAAGAAUGGCGACUCGCAGAGCUCGAGUAGCGAAGACGACGACGUACCCGAGCAAAAGGCCAAGGCAGAGCAGCAGGCGGAGCAAAAGGUGCGGUUCGAGGACAAGGAGGAGAACAAGGUUGCCUUACGGCCGGCCGGCAGCGAGCGAAAGAGUGAGGACAAGGACGACAAGAAGGCCAAGGUAGAUGAUGAGACUGACGAUGAUGCCAACGCAAAGACAGCACCGACGCCUGACGGGGCGUCCUUCCAGGAGGUGGAACUAUAG